CAAAUCACGCUGCUUGGUUGUGCAUCUCCUAUCGCUCACGGUGCCGUUCUUAUCACUCCGUCUGCCGCGAUACCGGAGAGAAAUCGAGAGGAGUUUCUUUUGGCACAAUUGUUUUGUUUUCCCGUCAAGGCGCGAGACCUACGAACGUCACGUAGCACUCGAUGCUUGUUUUAAGUAGAAAACUUAAAAAGUUAUCCGUGCCUGCGUUGAGGGAAUGAGGCGGCGUUGUCGGUACUUUCAGUUUGACUUCUGCUUGCGUUAAUCGACAGUGAUUUCGUUCCGAGGAAGCUUCGGUGCUGGUCAAGAGGACUUGCGAGAGAGAGAGAGAGAGAAAUGCUCCGGCAUUUUCAGGGCUCCUCGACCGGCCGGACUGCCAUGUCCGGGGUUUUCCAUUGGUUUCGCCUGUUGGCCGGCGGCAUUUGCCUGCCCCUGGUGUUUCCAUACAUCGUCUACAAACUCUACAAGCUUCGAUGGGGUUCGCUGAAGACUGGCUGCCUGCAAGACAAGGUGGUUCUCAUCACCGGCGCAAGUUCGGGCCUCGGAGAAGCCUUGGCCCACAAGUUCUUUGCCGCUGGCUGCAAGGUGAUCCUCGCCUCCCGUCGCGUUACUGAGCUGGAGAGAGUCAAGGAUGACCUCAUGCAGUCUGUGCCGCAGCCGUCGGGACACCACACACCAGCAGUGGUCCAGCUCGACUUGGCGGACCUGUCGUCGAUCACGGAGAAGGCUCAGCAGGCACUACGCAUCCACGGCCGCAUCGACAUUCUCAUCAACAGCGGCGGCAUCAGCUACCGCGGAGAAGCGUGCGACACUUCAGUCGAGGUGGACGUCAAGCUCAUGAUGGUCAACUACUUUGGGCAUGUUGCACUUACCAAAGCGAUACUGCCCAGCAUGAUCGACAUGAGAGACGGAACCAUCGUUGCCAUCAGCAGCGUGCAGGGAAAGAUUGGCCUGCCAUUCCGCUCAGCCUACGCGGCAUCCAAGCACGCAACCCAGGCCUUCUUUGACAGCUUGUUGGCUGAAGUGGCACAGUAUGACGUCCACGUAUGCGUCGUCUCUCCAGGUUACAUACGCACCAACCUCUCAAUGAACGCACUCACUGGCACGGGAUCAGUCUAUGGCGUGAUGGAUGAAACAACCGCUACCGGAAUGGCUCCCGAGGACGUGGCUGACAUCGUCCUGGAGGCUGUGGUGAACAAGCGAACUGACGUGGUGAUCGCCAGCUUCAUCCCGCGCCUCGUACUGUUUGUACGUGUGCUGAUGCCCUGGCUGUAUUUCACCAUCAUGAAGGGGCGAGCCAAGCGGUUGCGCCUGCAGCAACGUCGGGUCCAAUAGCAAAUACUGGCGCGUUUUGCCCAGCGAGAGCGCGGGGGGCGAACGCUGUGAACUGUUAACCAUUCUGCCACAUGCGAACUAGCGUAUCUGCAGCAACUUGCUCACUGUGUUGGAGGGGUCUCUUCGGUUUGCCCUGCACUGCAACGGCUGCGUCAUGCCUGUCGGAAUCUUUGCAAGCGGGUAACAUUCAGGGGUUGCGGAGGGGGGCGGGGGGAGUGUAGUGUCGUCUGCCAACAGCACAGAAGCAGACGACACGGCACCAUGCCACUGGCUGUAUCAUGGUUGUCUGAAUCAUUGUCUGAAUCAGUGCAACACACUUUGGUGUGUGUCGUCUGCUUCUGCUUUUUAUGUGACAUCUGCUUCUGUGUCGUCUGUAAACAGCACAGAACCAGACAACCGCGUUUUGUUCUGUCGCCUGCUUUUGUGUCAUCUGUUAAUGACACAGAAGCAGAUUACUCAGCAUUUAAAAAUGUCUCACACUUACGAAGUUUUCAACUCUGCUCCGUGUUAAUCCAGCUUGCACGGGCAGCUCAAAGAGUCCUCGAAGCACAAAUUGGCGUGCCAACUUAAACGGAGUACACCUAGGGGUGCUGUGAACUGAGUGGUUCGCAGGACGAAGAACUUGUUGAUACUUGAACUGACAGUGCUUUUGAAUGCUGUCGACAGAGAAUCUAUAGCAAAUUUACAAAGGUAGACAGUUUUUUCUUUUCUAUAUGUACAUAAUUGAAUGCUAUUGUCUUGGGGCACAAUGCUUCUACCGGUAUCGAAAGAAAAAUAUAAAGGGUUGUGGCUGCCGCCGCAUGUGCCUA